AUGACCUCGACUAGUUCGGGACAAUCUUCUGUUGGAAGUUUUAACAGAGGAAUGGGGCCACAACAGACAGAUUUUCUUACUCAGGUACAGGCCGAGGUGGGUAUACCCAGAUGGGGGCUCCACGACCCUCGGUGUGUCCUCGUUGUGGGAAGGCCCAUUUUGGCUUGUGUCGGGUGGCCGCUGGAGGUUGUUUUUGAUGUAGAGACAUGGGGCACUAUAUUCGAGACUGCCUGGUCAGGGGCAAUACUAUAUCUACUAGGGCCCAAACUACGGUACAAGGGUCAAGAAUGGCUAGCAGUGCAUCUAGAGGAAGUUUCAGAGGAGGUAAUGGACGAGGGCGGAGCCAAAAUGGAAGGAAGAAGUAAUGCUAGUGACCCAGCAAUACGAGGAGAGGUUCAACCUCGUGUAUUUUCUAUGAAAAGGAGUGAAGCGGAUGCAUCCCUUGAAGUUGUCACAAGUACUAUACUUAUCCAUGAUACUCUUGCCUAUGCUUUGAUUGAUCCAGGCUCCACCAUUCGUUCGUUUCCCAUGCAUUUUCUCAUAAUUUGCAUGAAAAAUCUGAACCCUUGA